GACGAAGUUGGAGAUAGUUCUUGUAUGCAGGUACUAGGUGCGCAUGCUAUUUGAAACAUGGCGGACAGUAAAGCGGUCAAUUUGGGGAGUAACUUGUGGAGCCCAUUUAAGGAGCUCCUGCGCACGGUGCAUGCUGCCCUCUCUCAGAAACUCCCUGACGCCUUCUACGAGCUGGAUGCUGCCAUCCGCAAACACAAGCCAGACUUCAUCUCCCUGCUACAGAACCCUGCCAAGAAUGCCCAGCACAGACUGCAGAUCCGGAAAGCAGAUGUGACAGGCCUGGUAAUCGAAGGCCAACCAGGGACCAAGACUUUCCCACGGCAGUUCAUUGACGAGGCACUGAUUAUCAGUGACCUGUUUGAUUUGAACGAGUAUUUUGCCGUGGAGCUCCUACUCUCUGGAGAGCAACAGCAGCCCCAUUUUCCAGGUCUUACCCGAGGUCUUGUGGCUGUUUUGCUGUAUUACGACGGCCGUAGGAGUGUCAUUAAUGCCCUACAGCUUCUUAUCCAAUCUCGCAAAGGCCGCACCUGGACUCUUGAGCUAGAGGAUGAAGUCUCGGACUUGACCACCCGCUUCACGGAUGAGCUCAUCCGAGAUGGUCUGAUGCGUAAGAUUCUCACACUCCUCUUAGAGACGGACGUCGAGAAACAGAUGGACAAACUGGGCCAGGCCAGGGCACUAGGAGAUGCCAGGCACAGGCAUGAGGUGAUGGAAAUGUUGAAGGAGAUCCGUUCCUCCCUGGCCGAGUGCCUCUUUGCCUGGGCCUGCCAGUCUGCACCCAGCCGGCAGGAUGCGGGCCUGCUGAUUGACCACCUCAGGCGGCACGCUGGCUUGGAAGCGGACGGCCGGCUCGAUGGUGUCACCUUGUCCCUUCUGAUGGCCUGCCUGUACUGCCUGGAUGUGGGCGGGCUGACGGAGACCAGGCCUGAGGAUCGAGACGAGUUGACCAAGCAGCUGCCGGUCCUCAACGACGCAGAGUUCCUACCCGAUCUCCAUCAGAUGAUUGUCAAAGACGAGGCAGAGUGGGCGUGCCCAGGGAUCGCAGCAGUGCUGCGCUUCGCGUGGGCCCUGAUGCUGCGCAACGUAGCCCAACAGCCGGAAGUCGACGCCAUGCAGGACUUUAUUGAGGAGGACGAGAUGAUAGUGGAUGAUGCCAUGAAGGAUAACGUCUUCCGAUUUCUCACGGAUGCCGUGGUGGCCUCGGGGAACUUCCACCAGUUGGAGUUUUGCGCUCGGAGGCUUCAUGGUCUGGUGACUGACUUCAUAGUUCAGAUGCCACUCAAGGUGAAGGAUAUGCGUAACCGUGGUGAUGACGUGGGCCGUACCAUCAUGGCUUAUGAGCUGGAAGGAGUGGAACCGCCUUCCACUCUACCCCGGCAUUUUCAGGAUUUCAUGAAAUUGCUGGGUGCUCUAUAUGGAAAUGACCCCCUUGGCUUGGAGCUACCUUUAGAGUACUGGUGCACACCGGACCAUAGCAGCAGCCCCUCAGCAAGCGCUACCUAUGUGUCUCACCCUCACCAGCGCCAAUCACCUAGACAGGCAAGCCUGUUCAAGUUCAUCCGUAUGGCUGGCGAUCUGCUGCCCCCGUCUCUCUACGUUGCUUACAUUGACAUGCUGAGUGGUCUGGCCAAUGGGGAGGAGAGCGCCAGGCAUUGCUUCAACUUGCUAAAGAUGAACGGCAUGGGCAGUGGGGGCAGUUCCAGCACAGUGUCGUGGGAUCAUUUCUUCCUGUCCAUCAACCGCUACUACACCAGCCUCCGACAAGAGGCCACUAGCUCCCCCCGUCCCGAAGUGGCCCAGGCCCACGCUAUGCACCGGUACAGCGUGGUGAAGGGGAUCACUCCACAAGAGAUGGAGGGGUUGCUGGCCGUGUUGAGGCUGACCCAGGUCAUCGCCAAGUGGGAUGAGACUGCCAGGCUGGCCCUGUGCGAGAACCAGUCCUGGCUUCCCAUCGUCCUUUUACUUGGACUUAUCAGCUGCAGCGUGCCGCCAAAGUUGAAAGGUCAGUGCCUGCGCACUCUGGCCACGCUGGCUCACUCGCCGGAGGUUGGUGCCAAGCUCUGGCAGUCGCUCGAAGUGUCCCAGGUCAUCCCCACCGUGGUCCAGCCGGGUUCGCCAGCCUCCGGCAUCCCCGUGGAGCUGGACGAGAUCGAAUCGUCAAACGAGGAGUACCCGUUGACCUGCGGCUUCCUGGACCUCAUGAGCUCCCUGCUGGAGCUGCCAGUGCCAGCCGCCCUUGGUGCAGGCUACCGGCCACCUGGCUUCGAUCCCUACCUGGAGUUCCUGAGGGACACCGUGUUCCUGAAGUACCGGUGGCGGGCCUAUAGGGACCCUGGGGAGAAGUGGGAGGUAGCCGCCGGUGUGACAGAGAUCUUCUGCAAGCUCCUGCAGGACUAUGAGCCCCAGCCGCAGGACUUCGUGGACCAUCCCGUGGAGAUUCAGGGCGGGGGCUUAGGCAUGGCCAACAAGCCCCCAGGCUACCAUCUCAUGGAGCACAUGCUGAACGACAGCGCCAUGCUCAGGCUGAUACUUCAAAUCAUUGACGAGGUCACCCAGAUUCUGGACCAGUACAGGUUGACCAUCCCCGGCAAGUCUCAAAUGGUCAAGUGCGCCCUGAUGUGCCUGCAGAUGGUCCAGCUGACCCUGGAGAAGCAGAACGCUUUUGUCGACCUGGUCAGAAUGCAAGGGUCGGGGGUCAUGGUCAGCACAAUGGACGAGCUACUGAUGGCCAUCAACCCUAGAUCAGAAACAGCAGACCACCUGGUCAACAUUGCAAAGUUUGUCACCCAUGGUGACACGCACCCUAAACAUGCCCUGGCCAGCACCAGGAUUCUGCACAGCACAGUGCGUGCAUCGAACAAGCAGCCUGACAUCGUGGGGCUGUUCACUGCAAAAGAGGAAGUACGCAGGAACCUUUUGCGUGGCUUUGUGGAUUGCCUAGAGACUGAGGACCCCGAGGACCUAGCAGCAGCAGCAUCUGAGGACCUCCCAACGGAUGAGGACACCCUGGCGGAGGAAGACACGGCCAAGGUCCGCAGUGCCACCCGGCUGUACAUACUGCGUCUGCUGCUGUACUCGCUGGAGCAGCCAUCACCCAACUUGGCCCACUUCCUGCUUGGGUAUGAGUACCGCAAGCCAGCCAGCAAGACCAACCUCCAGGAACCUGGUGUGUUGGGGUCCCCCCGUACCUGCCUCCAUUCCAUCCUGAAUGUUCUCUCCCUGGACCGAGAUGUCAAUGCCCGCUUGGGCCCCUUAGCCAUCCACGCCAUGCCCCGGCUGGCCGAGCUGGCCUACGAGAUGAUCUACCGGCUCUGUGCCAACCGGGAGACGUCGGACCCCACCAUGCGCUACCUGCGUGCCUCCCAGGAUUUCUUCUACUCCCAGCUGAGGCAUCUGCCCUUCAGUGGCAGCGCAGCAGGCAAUGUUGAGGAAGGGCUGCGUUUGAACCAGCAGUCUUGGUUACUGAAGGCCAUCGCCACGGAGAUCAGACUGACCGCUGUCAAUCGACAACGUUCACAUCUUCAAAGAUUACUACGUCUCCUCCUGGAGGAUUCGCCCUCUCUUCUCUUUGGAGAUGAGGAGACUGAUGAGCAAGGCGUUGCAGACGUGAGCCUGAUUGCUGAGCAUGGUGCCCUGGGUAUGAGCACCAUGUACCAGCCAGGACAGUCUAGAGUUACUGGUACCCAGGUCCGCCGCAAGAUCUUGACACUGCUUGACUCCAUCGACUUGGUGCAGGACCUGCCUCCUUCCCUGCGCCUAGAGUACAGCGACCCCGUCACCAUGGAGAAGACGAUUGGGGCCUUUGAGCUACCUGCCGAGCGUGGCGGCGUGGCCUCGCUCUGUGACGUUAGGCAGCUACACCGCUUCCUGACGGCCAACCUGAACAGUCUCCAGGGGGCUUCAGCCAUCGGUCAGAGGCCGCUGGUCAUGCAGGAGAUCGAGGCUGUGCUGCUCAACGUGACCAAACGCAACAAUUUCCGGCAGGGGCUAGCGGCCAAGCGGCACAAUUUUGACGCCUGGAGGCAUGUGGCUGAGGUGGUGCUGACGUCAUGCCCUGCCGAGGUGUUGCCCCUGGCUACCAAACAAAAAGUUGUCGUUGAGCUGUUGCAGGAACUGCUGUCCAAGGUAUGCGAGGAAGAGGUGACCCCUGACCUGGCCUCCCCUGUGGGUGGAGUUCUGCUGACCUUAAUGACCUCCCUGAGGGAGUGCAUCCUCACCGAUGAAACGGAGAGCAUCCCCCAGCUGCUCUCUGCCCAGUAUGUCCGUGCUAUGGACGGCUCCAGCGUGAUGGGUGGGGGGGCAGGGCCGGCCGUGGAGAGCCGCGCCCCACUGAGGGGAUUAGGGGUGGAGGUGGUGUCCCUGACCGCCAUCUUGAAGGAGUUGCUCAAGUUCAUCGUGAUAUCAGGGGGCAGCCAGCAACGCACCAGGGCCAACCUCUACGGCACCCUGCUGAAUUAUCUCCAGAUUCCCCGCAAGCCGCGGGAGAUCCCCACCAUGCAAGACGGCUCCACCGUCCUCAACUCGGCACUGCUGGAUGAGUACGAAACCAUCACAGCCGCCAACUUGGCCACCAUGCAAGAGUACGGGGAAGGGGUCAUGGAGCUGGUGUGCCGGGACGCCAGUGAUGGGCUGGGAGUAGGACGGAUGCUUGCCCUGUCGGUCAUUGACACCAUCGUUGGAAUUGACAAGCGAGGUGAUUGGCUGUCUUUCCUCUCUGCCAAGGGCUACCUACGCCACCUGGUCGAGAACCUUGCUCAGGAGGACCAAUCCCUCCUGGAAUCUCUCCAGCCUACCCCUGAACCGCUCCGGGCGCUCUUCAUCUACGAGUCACAGAUGUCCUUGUUGGAGAAGAUUGCUCUGAAUCCCGUUGGCGCCCAGGCACUUCUUCGAGCAGGGCUUAUGGCCAGGCUGGCCUCCUGCCGAUUCCUUGACCUACGACCCGAGCACAGUACUCAGAGCCGGCUGCGUAUGGGGUCGACGGGCUUGGAGCCGGUGGAAGUGGAAACCUUCAUCCCCAGUGUCAUGCAGCGCUACCGCCAACUGCUGUUUCCGGUGCUCCGACUCUGCCUGGCAAUUCUCACCUCACUGGGGAGUCAGCACAAGGAGGCAGCCAGUCAGGUGCUUCAUUUUGUAGUGUCCCAUUCGGACAUCUUCACCGCCAUCUUGAGAGAGCAGCAUGCUGAGCUCCAGCUGGAGCCCUUGCAGGAACUGGCGUUGGCAACUAGCGUCAUCUGCACGGUAGCUGCGGACAUUACCUUCUACGACCUGCCCUCAGAUCCUAGCAUGCCCAACCACGUCCCUAUACAGACCCACCUGAGUCGCAUCCACCGUCAGAUCAUGGCCCUGGUGCCCCGGUUCUGUGCCCUAGACCGGUGGUUGAGGGACCUGAAAAGGCUGGAGACAGCCCCCCAGGGUGGGGAUGCCCCCAGCCACACCCCUCAUCACAAGGAUAGCAUACGCCAGGUCCUGCUGGAGAUAUCCCGCAAUGUGAUUGGCUACUGUAAGAACAUCGUUGUCCUAUCAGGUUCAACGGCCAAAGACAGCCAAAUCUUGUUCACCCCAAACCUGCAGGAGGCAACAGCAAGGGAUUAUCAGGCAAUAGAAGGUGUGCACCUGUCAUCGCUGGACCUGACCAGACCCCCCACCCUGGGGAUCAUCGUGCGUCAUCUGCGGCAGGCGGCCAGCGAGUUCAUGAGCACGAUGGACAGCCACCAGCAGCACCUACACAAACUCAAGAACAUCGCCGAUCUGUCCACCGAGGAGCUGAAAGAGCUGAUCCAGACAGCAUCAGGGCCCACAUCAGAAAAGUUGUCUUCUAGUCAUCGCUUGCAACUAGCGACCAGAAAGCUUGCCGACACCGUCCGUCAAAAAGCAGACGAGCUAGCUGUCCUUUACUACAUGAUUGAGUGCAGCUUGUUCCUAGUCUGGCGCCACCUAGAGUUCUACCUCCUGUAUUGCCAGACAUCCAAAGACAGCUUGUUGCAUAAAUUGAGCCUGCCCAGGCAGCAGCCCAGGAAUUUAGCCGAUCCCAACAGAUUCCUUCUUGAUGGGGCAGGUGAUGACCCUAGCCAUACUCCCAUCAGUCCUGUGCUUCUUGGCAUCACAAAUGAUGAUAUCAAACAGCUCCGCGUGGACGCCACCAGCUGCCUGAGCGAGAUGUUGCUUAAGCGCACCAGGGAGAUUGAGGCCCAGUUCAUCCGUGGCCAGUCCCGCUACACGUUCAUCUCAGUGUUGGUGCGACGCAUCAGACGGCUCCUGAUGUUAGGAGCUCCUUGAGGAGCGGAAGCCCCCUUCAGUGCCGUGGACCAACAUAGACCUAUCUUGAUCUGUGCCAGGGGUCUUCAGAAACCUACUGUACAAACUCGCAGGGGCCUCAAGAAUGGAAGCAAUAGAAUGUCAGUCGGUAUUGCAGCCUAUAUCCUUAACCAGAAAUAUACAUUGCAAACAUGUCUUAUGAUCAGGGUACCAGAUGCAGACACUAGAGAACAGUAAAGAUUAAACCGGGAGUUCCAAGUCCUUCCAAACCAUUUGGUGUAACUUGCUUCAGACAAGAACUGGUAUUGGGGAUCCCCAGAGAGAAACAAUUAGUUCCCACAUUUUCUUGUCAGUGUAGACUGGCACCCCGACUCAGUUCGCUGUAUUUCAAUGCUGACAAGGUGCAAUGUGGCCGGGACAACCUUAACAGCCUUCCUGUCCAAACCUGAAGCACUCGUUGAUUGUAUAUCAAUUAUUUUGUUAAGCUCAACACCAUGUUCUGGUCAAUAUGCGUUUGUAUUGUUUUUUUUCUGUAUCUUUUUGGAGGUGGGAAACAACGAUUAGAGGAAUGUCAAAUACCAACUAAGAAUUUUCUUCCAAUAUGGUUACACCUUGAAAUCUAAUUUCGUUCACACCUUUCUCAUUUGAAAGAUUUUUGAAGUUCAUAAAUUUACACAGUACAGAAACACAUUUAUGAAGCGUAACUGAGGUCUACCAAAGAAUGUAGUUCAUGCCAUUUUGUUGGAAUUCUUGUUUCACUCCAGAGGAUUCCUCAUUUGAUAACGUCAAAACUGCAGAAAAUGUUUGGAUUUAGUUUUUCCCUCCUUGCUCACAACGGUGCCUUCUGUACGUAGUACCAGCCAUUUACAAUAUAUACCAUCUGCUAGCUGGUAACCCUGGUUGAGAAACACAAUUCCAAGGCUGGUCUCUAGAUUUGCACUGAUAUUGUUUUGAUGUGUCUGAUCAAGUGAGCUGCAGUGCUCCAAUUAAAGUGCUUUACUGUAAUUUGACAACCAGAAUUACUGUCGAUGCUCGUGGACGAGCACGUUUCACUUUGACUAAUAGACUGUCACAAUUUGCCACUUGCACACGCGCGGGUCAAGUUGAAGAAUGUGUGUGUGAGUGCAGUGCCACUGUAAAUAUGACAUCUAAGUCGAUAGACUUAGUCUAUAUCAAAGUGUCACUGAUGAAACACAUUGUUUUUGAUAAUCUUCCUUGGUUAAAUGGCAUAUUACUAAUGUAAAACAGCUGAAAGCUGUGGAUUUGUAUCUUCAUUAUUUCAAUAAAAUCUUCUUAUACUCGCUUUGCAUUUUCUAUCCCAA